CGCCGUCUUCUCAGCGUCCGGCUGCGUCCCCGGCGGCGUCACCAGUUCCCUCUCUCGGGCGAUUGACGUGGAAUUCUCCCAGCGGUCCCGGCCAGCGUUCGCCAAAGAACUUGCCGAGUUAUAACCGAACGCCGGCGAUCACGCCAACUAGCGUGGGCAGGGAGUCACCGGAACUGCAGACCAACAACCAGGGUCCCGUGACGCUGUUCUCCUCGCUGAUGGCCGGAUGGAUGGGCUCCCUGAGCAUGGGGACCUCUAUAGGCUACUCGCUACCCGCUGACCUAAGCCUCAUUCACGCCAGGAACAACAUUACCAGAAGCGGCGACCAGCAACUCUUUUGGUUCGACUCACUGCUUCCGGUGGCUGCUGUGUUCGGAUCAGCUGUGGGGUUGUUGCCUGGCCUUCUGGCUGGGCCGUCGCUGGGCGAUGGCGAUCGGCUCCCUGAGCUCGUUGUGUGCAUGGCUAACCCUUGGUUGGGCCUCCGCCGACUCUUGGAACCUCUACACGGCUAGGCUCCUGGUGGGUUUAGCCACCGGUGUCGUCUCGCUCAUCGCGCCUGCGUACAUCGCAGAAAUCGCGACGGCCAAGGACAGGGGCAAGCAGUGUGGGGCGGUACAGACUGGCAUAGCCGCGGGUGUGCUCUACGCGUACGUGGUGGGACGGUUCACGGACUGGUCUCGCCUGGCCCUAUGGUGCGCGGUGCCAUCGGCCUUGUCUGCGCUGCUCACCGUGCGGGCAGUCGAGUCCCCACGCUGGCUUAUGGAACAAGGCAAGCACGACGAGGCCCAGGCUGCGUUGAGGCGACUACGCUUCAUCACCUCGCAGGCGGAUGCUGAGGUGGAGGCAAUCGAAGUCAUCUACGUCAAGUCACCGACGCCCGUCCACCACUACAUGCUCGCCGUGAUGAUGAUAGUGCUGCAGCAGUUCUCUGGCGUCAACAUGAUCAUGCACUAUGCCGCCGGGCCCCAGCGCACCACCUCCGCAUCGAUAUCGCGCGACUUCUACAUCAUGCUGGCCAGUGUGCAGGUGGUGACUACGGCUUUGGCCUCUCGACUACUGGACAAGGUCGGCCGCGUAAAGCCGUUGGCGGUUUCGGUGACCGUCUGCUCGUGCAGUAUGAUGGCACUGGGAAGCAUCUUCUACGCCUUCUCAAACGCGGAUGGGAACUUCGACAGCGGCCCAGGAUUUGACCCCACCGAUGGUUGCAAAAACGCGGCGGAGUCACGACUCCGCUCCGCGCGCUCGUUCACCUCCCGGCGUCGCCGCCCGCCGCCACGCCUGCCGGCGCAGCACUACGCAUCGGCGUCGGCGCAGCAGCAGCAGCAGCCCCCGCGACCACGGUCUGGUCUGCCGCUGCCGUCUCCCCCCGUCGGGGGCGCGGUGAGUCACACCCCGGCGGGAAGCCUGCGCUUCUCCUUCCUCCUCUUCCUCUCCAGCCGCCGGCUUGCGCUCCUCUUCCUCACCCGACGGCGUGCAGCAGCAGCAGCAGCCGAGUGUUCCCCGCCGCUCUUCAUCGCCGGCGGCCACUCAAAACCGGCUGCCAACGCGGUAACAUCCCUAGCCCGCCGCUGCUGCCGCUCGCCGUCUCCGCCGGCGCCGGCUCCUUCGCCUUCGGUGUCUGUUCAGCUCGCCGGCUUCCCGUCAUCCGUCGGCGUCGCCGACAGUUCUCUGUCACCGAAUACGAGGCGAAAGAGCCAGCGCCGGACCUCCCAGCCGGUGGUUACCGAAGCGGCAAGCAUGGCCGCCGCCGCCUCCGCAUCGGCGUCCUCCGUGGCCCGCUCCGUGCUCGGGCUGCUCAAGACCGUGGCGCGCGACCUGCUCGCCGUGCUGGCCGUGGUGUUCUUCUUCCUGACGCCCGUUGCCGCGCUGCCUUACACGCGCGCCUACGUGCCCAACACGUACACGCUCAUCAAAUCCAACUGCUCGGCCUGGGCGCUGCGCAUACUCACCUGGCUCCUGCUGCUUCCCGGCACCGUGUCCGUGGUGUUUGUGCUCAUCGUGCUGCCGCCGCUGUGCAUACCACGCCGCUGGAAGUACCGGGCCGUUGUCGAGAAUUACAAGGUCGGCCCGCAGACCACGUGCCGCUGGGAGUCGCCGUUUUUCGACCGAAAGUACCGACUCUGAGCCGGUCGGCCUCGCGCCGCCGCCGCUGCUGCCGCGUUCUCCGACCAGGUGAAGUUGAUGACAACACCGACGCGGGAAGACGGGACGGACGGUCGCUGCCUUCUCGCCGGUGGGAGACGCGGACGAAGGAUCUUCAAAGGACCACGCGCCACUUUUAGUCGGAACCCUUGGCGCACGCAUGGACCAGGCCCUUCGUAGUCGGCCUCAUCGAAGCUCGAAGCCAAAGCGUCAUCGAGUCCAGAGCGUUCAUCGAUCUGCUAAUGCUUUUUGUCUUAAGGUGUAAAUAAUUCCGCUUCCAUGUUAGACGUGCUUCCAGAAACUCGAGAUUUUUUGUACGAUUUUUUUUUUCGCGUUGUAUUUACCUUGUAAUAACUGUGAUGGGGAUAGAGAAUACCGGGAUGUCACGUAGCCUCUGCUUAUUUAUAAGGACCUUCUUUUUUCGCCAAUUUAGGAAAUAACUACGUUCACACCGGUACAUUCUGUACUUCCGGGCAUUAAAGGACUAUGGAAAAGUA